UCCACGCUGGAGCACCAACCCCUUUCCUCGCUGUCGCCUGGUUGAUUCUCUUUCUCACGCUUCUGCCUUUCUAUGAGCCACGGUGCAGAGACUCCAGCACUGCAGCAGAUGUCCUGCCUUUCGCCACUCGAUUCUUCCUCCUCUCUUCUCCUUCUACAGUACUCCGAGUAAUAGUCGCCAGCGAUAGUACGCGAGCCUUAGAUCCUCCGCGUCCUCUUCGGGUUUCCCAACGCUAAGUUCGUUCCUUUUUUUCUCCGUUCGCCGCUAGAGGAGUUUCUAGCGCUCGGAAUGGCGUCGUCAGUAGCCGUCGAUUAUAUCCACGAGCCGCCGCGCUCGCAAGCAGACUACCAGCAAUGGGAGCCACAGGCACCGCCAACCUCACUACCAUCUCCGUUGAACACCUCCCGUCACCCUCACCACCCUCACCACCACCACCACCAGCGGUCCAGCGACGUUCACCCUUCCAUCAUGUCCCCCAUUGCGUCGAAUUGCGACCAUCUUUCGUCGCCGUCGCCCGUCGCCGAGUCUCGGCUCGCACAGCAUCGCCGAGUCUCGUCGCUCACACCGUCCCUCCACGAACCGUCGCAUUCGCGUCGCUCUUCGGCCUCUGCCUUCGACCUGCGCGCGCUGGAGCUUGAACCGAGCAUUACUGAAUCAAGUGUGACUGAAUCGAGCGUGACUGAAUCGCAGGGUGACGACGACGGCGCGAGCUCCACCACCACCACCAGCACCGUUUCGUGCCAUAACGCGUUCGGCGUCUUCGCGCGCCGCAGGCGCCGCCCGAGCGCUCGCAGAGAGAGGUCAGAGCAGUCUGAGAGAUCAGCGAGAUCAGAGAGGUCCGCCGCUCUGAGCCCUCCGGCUGACGUGAACCUUUCUUGGACGAGAGCUGCGCAUGUGGCCCCGGCACCAGAGCUGCCGCGCCUGCCCCGCCAUGAGAUGCGGCGUGACUUGCGGAGGAGAGACGGAGAGGAGAGUGACGACGAGGGGGACGGCGGCGGCGGCGGUAGAAGCGGCCGAGCCGGCGCGGCGGUUUCUAUUUUGAAGGACGGGUCGCCGAUCGCCGCUCCGCGCCAGGCGCGCGGCGUUGACUCCGCCGCGUGGGGGCAGCAGCUCGGCGCGCUGCCGGCUGCCGCGCUGCCGCGGCCCAUCGCCGGCGCGAGCCGGCAGAAGCCGCCGCUCGCGCUGCGGCUGCGCCGCUACGGCGAGCGCGACGGCUGUGCCUCCCCUGCGACCAGCGGGGAGUUGCCGCUGAUGUGGCGGCCUCCGAAGACCCCCGCGAGCAGCGGAGAGAUGGCGAUUUCAGAGGCGAAGGAGAUGAUUUUCGGGUCGACUCUAAGCUCCCCCGCAACCAGCGGGGAGAUGGCGCUUCUUGAGGCGCAAAGGUCCCCCGCCAGCAGCGGAGAGAUGGCGCUCUCGGGCGAGAGCGCGGGGGAGUGUGCGCCGCUUCCGCUAACUCCGCAGGUGUCAACCGGGGGAGGGAGCAUGCAUCGGUCGACGUCACCGUCGCUGUGGAACCAGCUGGAGUCGGCUUCGAAGGAUUUGCUGCUCGCCGCCAGGCACAGGCGCGCGGCGCACGGCGGGAGAUUGCCCUCCCCGAGCCCCCCGCAGCACGACAGGAGAGCCGCCAAGGACGGUGCGCAUGCGUGCCAUGGGCUGUCUCCGCAGCCCGCGCACAAGGCGCACCACCGCCACGGGCUGUCCCUGGGGGAAAUACCCCUGAAUAAUGGUACCGGCAGCAGCGGCGGCAGCGGGAGCGACAAGCGUAGUAGCAAGGGCAGGGUGGCAGUGCGGGCGAGCGCGUCGGCAUCAGCGUUGGAGCUGGUGGACCGGUGGAGCGUGCUACCGUACGACAACGACGCGCGGGAGAAGCCGCGGGAGUCAACGCGCGAGUCAACGCGAGUCAAGCCGGCGAAAGCCCGGAGCGGCAGCCGAGAGCACGGCGGCACGGCCGGAGCAGCGGCGGUGCCGGGCGAGUUCCUCUCGUCGUACUUCGGCGACGCGCCCGGCGCUUAUGUCGAGGAGUUCGCGCUGCAGGAGGCGCGCAACGCGGCGUCCAACGCGGGCAGCGCGCACAAGAAACCAGCGCCGGCGCAAGUGGAAAGCAUUUCCGCGGAUCCUGCUUUCCCCUCUGCGCCCGCUGCUGAGCGCAAGCAGGCGACGUGCGCGCGCAGCUGCAGGCGGAGAGCGACCAGGCGCAGGAGCGGCGGAAAGGGGAGCGGCAGAGGGAGCGGGAGGGGCGGCAGCAGUGGGCGGAGGAACAGCAGCGGAUGCACCAGCAGCUGCAACUGCUACGGCAGCAGCAGAAGCUGCAGUUGCUCCAAGCCUUCCACGAGUCGAACCAGCAGCACCUGCGCCCCUGCGACUUCGUCCUCGGGCGCCCGUACUCCUCCCUCCACCGCCGCUUCGUGCUGUCGGCGCACGAGCUGGGCAGCGGGCAGUUCGGCGUCAUUCGCAAGUGCGUGGAGCGCGGCACGCACAAGGUCUUCGCGUGCAAAACAAUCCUUAAAUCCAACAUCUUGGCGGUGCAGGACGCGGCGGAUAUACGCCACGAGGUGGCGGUGAUGGAGGCCCUGAAAGGCCACCCCCAUGUGGUUAAGAUCGAGGACACUUGUGAGGACGAGGAGGCAGUGCAUAUUGUCAUGGAGCUCUGCUCGGGCGGAGAUCUGUUUGACCGUGUUAAGGAGGAAGGGCGGAUGCAGGAACGGACGGCUGCGAUCGCGUGCCGGCAGGUGGUGCAGGCGCUGAUGUGGUGCCACGUGGCGGGCGUGGUGCACCGGGACGUGAAGCCGGAGAACAUUCUCGUCAAGGGGCGGUGUGAGGCAGGCGGCGGCCGGCACGAGCUGCAAGGGAACGUAGGCGCGGCCGUGGCUGUGCUGGGGGGCGCCGCUGCUGCUCCUGUGAAGUUUUCGGCUGACCCUGGCGGCGCGGUUGGUGGUGGUGGUGGCGGCGAGGCGGAGAUUCAGAUCAAGCUCGCCGACUUCGGCGUUGCCACGUUCACUCGGGGCAAGCCCUGCACAGAGGAGCUGGGGACCCUUCAGUACAUGGCGCCGGAAGUCCUAGCAGGGAUGUACGGCCCAGCGGCGGACAUCUGGAGCGCGGGCGUGGUGCUGCACAUCAUGCUGUCGGGGCGCACGCCCUUCUUCGCGUCCCUGGGGCGCACGGUGCAGGAGGCCAUUCUGCACGGCCCGGUGCGCAUGAAGGGGCCGCACUGGGAGGGUGUGAGCGAGGAGGCGAAGAGUUUGGUCCGCGCCAUGCUGGAUAAAGACGCUGCAACACGGAUCACUGCCAGGGAGAUCCUAGGCCACCCCUGGAUUGCCAAGUAUACGCAAUAAAGUCCUCCACCGGGGUGUUCAGCAAGGUGCCUUUUUCUUCGGCAUCUGCUGCAUGGCAAGGAAGAAAGCUUUGCCGCUGAAGGUGUGCAGUUGCUGCUGCAUCUGUACCCAUAGAUUCUUGUAAAUGGCCACUCACUCUGCAAGUUAGUGUGCAGGUUCUGUUAAGAGCUGCAUGUUGUAGCUAGUGCAGAACCUCAAUACUGUAGGUUCCCUACUUCUAUUAAUUUGAAUAGUAAUAAUCGUCUGUUACAUUUAUUCAAGUUGUC